AUGACAGACUCACCGACCUUGCUCAAUCUUUCUCAAGCAUUGAACCUUGACAUUGGCCAUGCGUACGAGAAGACACUCUGCGAAAACAUCUUUGAUGUAUCAAGGACCGAUCUAUUGGAUACCUAUGAACGAUUACGUUUGUCCUUUUGGAGUGAUAAUACUCAAGACAUAUCAUCACCAUCAUCACCACCUUUGGAAGGGCCUUCGUUAUCUGAGCCUGUGUCCCAAUCUCCCACAUUACCGCGUAAAAGACACGUCUCUGAACCUGUUUUGGAAAAGACAACCGUAUCCAGGCGACAAGAUACAAAACUUACUCGACCACCACCACCGCCACAACAACAUGACUAUUCAGCCUCGGCCGUAUCACCCAACUUGCAUACAUUGUGGGGGUGGAAGAAGGCAUUCAUUCGAGAGCUACGCAUGGAGAAACCCAACUACAACGAAGAACGAUUACUGGAACUGGCUAAUGAAUGCGGUCGUCGAUGUGAUAGCAAACAAAGGAAACACUUGGCCAAAUAUCUUUCAGGAAUCACCAAAGCUUUACGUCUUGAGGAUCGAUUCACAAGCAAACUUGAGGAAUGGCUGUAA